UUUUGCAGGAGAUUAAGCCCUUUGAUAGGGCCUUCGACUGUAAAAAAUAUCAUGUUUGGAAAAACACCCCUUGGGACCUUAUGAAUUUUUAAAGAUUCUUUAAAAUUUCCUGAUUUCGCGAACUUUAUCUUUAAAAAUACAUUACAGUAUUCAGAAUGGCAAACAACCCCCCGAUUAAUUUAAUAAUUAAUUAUGGGUUGGCAGCACUGCACAUAACCCAACUUUUGCCCCCGACAAAAAUGGCAAAUAUCAUCGCUAGGAUAAGUUCGAGGGUGCUGAAGCCCCAACUUUGGGGCCCGCAAGCCACGAGGGCCACGCCCGACCGCACUUUAAGCGGAAUCAGGGCGUUUGUGACCACUCGUGCGACACUUCACCCUAACCUCACUCGUCCCUUCUCGUCAAACAUUUCAACGUUGCAGUUGAAGAAGCGACUAGUUCGUAAGAAGAAAGUGCUGGAGGACGAGCUUGUGCGCCCCCCUGGCUUGUACAGCGUCGUGGCGUACGCCACUGCCGAGGAGUACGAUUUGGAGCGCCUGAUUCAGGGGCUGGAACAGUUGGACUUGUACGAGCCCAAAACUGUGCAAAAUGCGAGUGAUGUGGUGCACGCCGUGGCCAAGUACCAGGUCGAGCAGGAGCCCCGCGAGAUUUUCUUCUUUCGGGAGGGCAGUGUCGUUUUGUGGAACGUGACCGAACUUGAGAGCAGUAACGUGUUGAGUUUUCUGCGCGAGUUUGAACUGGAGAGUUACGGGGAGGGCUUGGUGCAGGAGGAGUGCGAGAUCAUGACGUACAGGCACCAGAAAGAGGGGCUUCCGAGUGCUUUGGCCAAAGAUGGGGACUUGUUGGUGGCCACUGUUGAUAACAGUGAUAUUGUUUUGGAUAAAUAUACGUUUUCGAAUGGGAUGACUUCGAGUGUUAAGUUGGGCAUAUGGGAGGCCUUCCUCGAGCGGUACGUCGGGACGAUUGAGUUUGUGACUGAAGACUUGAAAAAGGGGAACAAAAUCAGGAUGUCUCGGGAGGAGGUGUUGCGGAAGCAUGGAGAACUGUUCGCUUUGAGACACCUGAUUAACUUGAGUUCUGAUCUUUUGGACACCCCCGAUUUUUAUUGGGAAAAUGAACGAUUAGAAAAUUUGUAUUUGCAAAUGUGUAAUUAUUUCGCAAUCGCGAAGCGGACUAGAGUCAUGAACGAAAAAAUCAAUCAUUGUGUUGAGUUGAUUGAACUCUUAUCGACACAUUUGAGUGAUAAACAUCAUGUCCGGCUCGAAUGGAUGAUAAUUGUGCUCAUCAUGGUCGAAGUAGGCUUUGAAACGAUCCAUUACAUUGACAGAUACAUGAGUUAGGAUAAGGUUUAAACAUUUAUUAUUACUUUUACAA